AGGACGGAGGCGCCACCGACGCUGCAGAAGAUUUAGCUCUCCAGAAAUACCGAAAGGCGGCGGAGUUUUGUUCAGAAUGCGUCCGUGACCCGCCGGACUUUCUUCAAAAGAGGAGAGAAUCCCAUCUUCUGAAAUAAAGCUUCGCUAUUUUUCUAUUCCUGGAGAGCUUAACGCGCCUCGUUUCCAAACAUGAUCGGGAGAGGACUGUUCGUUUUGACAAUACUGUCCAACUGCGUUCUGUCAUUGCCAGUGACUUCAGGUCAGCUGGAGAAUGAGGACGUAAAGGUGAUGAAAUGUGUUGUGGAGGCGUUGGCAGAUGUGCUAUCAAGGCCCCACCCUGUGCCAGUCAGUCAGGAGUGUCUGGUCACACUGAAGACAGAUGACAGGCUUGUUACGAUCCUUCGCCAUCAUAACUUUCUGAAGGAGCUACAGGAGAUCGCUCUUCAAGGUGGCCAAGAGACAGCUCAGCUGCAAAGAGACGCCGCUAGACCUGACACAAUGACACAAACUCCUCAGACUACAGAUGACAUCGCCGAUCGAUCCAUGUUAGAGGCUUUAGGAGGCCCCGGUGAAAGAUCCAUCCUCUUGCAGACGAGGAGGACGGGAAAUGGGGAUGGAGAGGGCGAAAAGGAUGAGAGCCGGAGAGAUGGAGAGUCUCGGGAGGACAAUGACAUCACUGAAGAGGUGCAGGUGAAGAGGCGAGAUGACGAGAGCACAGGAAGUCCCGUCUCUGAGUCUGUGGAUGAGUGGAAUAAGGGCAAGGCUGAAAAGAGGGAGGAGGAAGAAGAGGAAGAAGAAUAUGACGCGAAGAGAGCUAAUUCAGAGGAGAAUUCAGAGGAGGGAAACAAGGAUAAGAAAGGUGCUGGAUCUGAUGAAAAGAGAGAUGAUUCCAGAAACAAAUCAAAAGAGAAGAAGUUUGAUGAAGAAGAGGAGGAGGAGGAGGAGGAGGAAAAGAAGAGGUCUGCACUUUUCUCACACAAACAAGAAGGGCAGCAGGGGGAGGAAGGGGAGAUGAAGAGAGGGAGCAGGGAGAGCCUAAAGAGAUGGACCAAGAGGGGCAAGGGUUUGCAACUGAAGAGAAAAGCAGACGGAAAGGAGGUGCAGCAGCUCAACGGUCAGCAGGAGGAAGUGCCACAUCAUUCAAAGGAGGUCACUGAGGACGAGGAGGAGGAGAAGAAGAAGAAGAGAGACACGCAGAGGAGUCCAGAGGAGAAGGAGCUCCAGAUGAUCGCCAGGAGGGGACCAGAGGAGAGGAGGGUGUCGGAGGAAGAGGGGAGUGCCAGUAGAAAGGCAGAGGAGCCAGAGAUUGAAAGCCUGGCAGCCAUCGAGUCGGAGCUUGAAAACGUUGCCCAGAAACUCAAUGAGCUGCGGCGCGGCUGAGAGAGAGAGAGAGACUGGUACAAAGUUGACACGGCAACCUCCUCUGCCUCCUCGUCCUCCUCCGCUUUACCAGCUGCCUGGUUUCCACAGAUAGAGCGUGUGAAUAUGUGACAAGUUUUUAUCUUUUGCUAUUUUUCUUGAGGAUGCCCACUUGCGCCACACUGCUGCAGCCUCCCUUGUGACAUUCUGUCCCUCACAUAGAGUAGCAAAACAGUAGAUGCACAUUGCAACUAGACAUGCAUACUAAAACAUACAACUGCACCAGCUCUGUGCAUUCAAACAUGUGCAUAUAUUAUUCAGUGCAUUCAGCCAGGCUCCCAACGGAAAAAUCUCUCUGUCAGUGAAGGUUGAAAGCUUGUUUUCCUUAAUUUUCUCUGACAAUCAUCUCUGUCUUUCUGCAAAUGUGUCUCGUCUGCUUUUCAGAUUAUUUUAACACUGCACAUUGAUUUAUGUGAAAGGUUGGGGCAGAUCCAGGUAUACACACACCAACAAGGUGAGGUUGUACAGUGACGGCAUGUACACAUGUACAAAGCUCUUUCUGAGAUGCUUACUUACUUAUAAGGAAGAAGAAUACAUGCUUACUUAUUAUUAUAGGUACAGUUGACUCUAAUCAAGCCAAGGCAAUAAAUGAACAUUUUUAGCAGAUAAAUGGCUGGAUUGUAAUCUGACACUGUAUGAAAUUUAUGUAAGAAAACAAAUAAAUUUAAUCUGGAAAUCUCUGUUUGGUAAACCCUUUUAAUGCCUCUAAGAUAGAAUAAAUAUGUACA